UUAAAUUAUUAUAUAUAUGUUAUUAGUGCAUUUCAGUCUGCAUUAAUCGGCAUCACGACAAAUUCGAUGGCUAUUUACAUAAUAUCCGUUUCAUCCCACCUUCACAGUUCAUUUAGUUACUUAAAUAUUUCACAAUCGACAGCAAAUAUCAUUGUUUCAGCUGUUUUUUGUUUUUGGUCAGCCCCCUUAGCUUUAGGUGAAUCGUUUACUCAUAAUGCACUAAUAUCACAAAUUCCUGGUCAUUUAAUAUUAUUUUCAUGGUGGGUGGCAUUAAUUUCUCAUUUGGCUGUAUCUUGUAAUCGUCUUAUUGCUGCAACGCGUCCAACUGACUAUUCGAAAAUUUUUGCAACUCGUAAUACAAAGAUUAUAAUAAUUUUCGCUUGGAUCGUAUCUUUUUCAUAUAGCUUGAUAUAUGAAAUAGAUGGUUGUAAUUUUUGUUUUAAUCGAGUUUCCUUAAGAUGGCAAUAUACCGAAACACCUUGUGGAGUCAUACUAUCAAAUUAUCUCGAUCUUUUUGCUUGUAUUUUGCUGAUUGUAUCAGUGUUUAUCAUCGAUAUAACUACACUGAUAGUGCUAAAAAGGACAAAACCGGCAAGUAUAUUUAUGUUUUGGCGCACUAUUUUAUAUGCACGUCGAAAAAAAGAAAUUAUAUUUUAUAUCCAGGUUUUCAUAAAAAAUUUCGUAAAAAAAUCUUAA